CACGUGAGGGAAGGCCGUCGGGAGGUCGUGCCUUACGUUAUACGAGAUUUUGUUUCUUCCAUUGGUGGUUUAUAAUAUGUUUUAUUUAUAAUUGCACUACUUACAGAGAUUGAACUCUUAUUCAAGUGGAAAAGAGUUGAUUCAGAGUUGAAUUUGGAGGCAGAGUGCAGUUUCCUUACUGAUAUUCACUAUGGUCAGAUGCAAACGAAGAUAUUUUGUGGUUGAAGUAGUGCCAGAGAAGUCCUUGAAACUUACCUGGUAUGGACUGAAGAAUGCUAUAAUAGACACUGUAAGAAAGCUGCACGGGGAUUUCGGUGUUGCAGCUACAACGUCAGGCUUUCAAAUCAAAUAUUGCAAUGCUGAGACUCGAAUAGCCUUCAUAAGUUCAAUCAGAGGUCCUCACCAGUUAAUUGCAAUGGCACUGCCACAUGUCAAGGCGAUACACAACCAGCCUGUGGUUGUUCGCACCUUGUAUCUAGCUGCCUCUAUGAAACACGGCUUCCUCUUCGUAAAAAAACACCACGAAGAAAAAAUUCAGGAACUUGAAGGAAAAUUGAAGACGUAUGCUGAGAAGGAGCAUUGGCAGAAUAUGAAAAAGAAAGCAUACCUGAGAUAAAAGGUGCUGAAAUUAUUGAAAGGAAAUCAUUUGGUUUUGGAAAAGUAGAUGUAAGCAGUAUAUAUAGUGAGUGUGUAUACUGAAUGUGAUAGGAAAAUUUGGUUUAUUUUGCAGAAAAGUGUAAUGCAGACAAAAAAGAUAUAUACUUUUCUUUGGUCUUGUCGACAUUAGUACAAAGGAACUUGUAUGGAAAAAAAAGAAAGAAAAUAUCCAUCUAUUUGACUUCUGCAGUAACCUUGAAUUUACAUCUUAUUUAUAUAUUGUUCUGUUAAUUAUUUUUCUUACAUAUACUGAUGAUGCAUAAUUUGCCUUAUUAACCCAAUGACUAUCAUUUAUCCAAACUUUGAUAAGCCAAGCACAGGAUGCUUUCAGCUUCUUACAUGAAAAGUAGAAGCACAGGAUACAUGUUUUCUCCAUUGUCUGUAAUUUAAGCUGCAUGUAUACUUUUUCAAUAAAAGAAGCUAAAAAGUGACUUUAACCCCAGUUUGUAGGGCUGCUCCAUCCUCAGUUACUGCAGUUAAGGCCAAACUAAUGAAUGAUUCUUUAGCAUGCAUAAUAGAGAGUAGGCUCAACUGGAUACAUGCCAUAUGAGCUCAGUCAAGAAUAGAUGCCUCCUGGGGUAAAUGUUCGAAACCUUUUGGAAUAGAUCAGUAUUCCCUUAACCUAUUGUAACCAUGAAAAUGUGGUGUUCUCUGCAGUGCUGUUUUGUGAAAUGUCUCUCCACAUUGAUCACUCUACUAAAGCUUAUACACAAGGAGUAGCUUUAUAACCUCACUUGAUUUGUGGGAAAAAUGUAUUUUAUACAUAUGUUAUCAAUAUUGGUACUGUUAUUAUCAUUAUUGUCAUUAUGAUUAUUAUAAUGUUACUGCUAUUACAAACAACAAUAUAAGAUACCAGAAAAAAAACCCUGGAAAUUAAGGAAAAGCUUAAACAGUGGAGAUAGAUAAUACUCGUAAUUGGCUCAUUGGUGACCUGGUAUCUGUGGAACCAUCUAUGUGUAAAGACAAUUAAUAAACAAAACUCAGUGGGCAUGGCAUGUGCAUUCAAGCCCCCCUAGUGGCUGUGGGUCAAGAUUUUAAAGUGUGAUAGAGUAAUAAUCACUUUUAACUUAUCAGUCUUAUCAAAAGAGCAAGUCACAUGCUAUAGAACUACAUGUAGGAGGGAAUAAUUGUGCUCUAAAAUAUAUAUUUUUUUCUUUUCAUUGAAAGUUCUAUAUUCUCUACUGCUAUUCCAUGUCUCCCCAAGAAUAUCUGGGCUCCAUGUAAAUGUACAGACCUAAUAGUAGAUAUGGAAAUAUGAAUUGCCAAAGUAUGGUUAAAAAAAUAAACUUUAUAGAAUAUAA